AUGCCUGCCGACUGCAAACCGGAGGGUCGUGUGCUGCUCUUCCUCCUGCUGGCGACGCUGCCUGUGCCAGCAUCCCACUCAGGGGAUGCCAGUGAGAGCAGCGCCACUGGAAACUGUCACUGUGAUAAUCCGAUUUCUAACCUCCGGACAGAACAAAAGGAGCAUCUUCGAAAACACUUGAAAGGCUACCAGCACUGUGCGCUCUUCGUCAGGUUCCAGCUACCUUCUCGCACUGUGUGUGGGAGCAGUACCCAGUCAUGGGUUUUGGAGCUGAUGAGUUGCUUUGAUCACAAAGAAUGUGGACAUACUCUCUUGAGGAACCGGGCCCACCAGAAGCAUUUACCUCCCCCCAGCACUCGCAUUACUGAGACCACAGCAGCAGAACCUUCAGACAUGGCCACCUCUGUCCUUACUCUGCAGUUUACUCAGCAGCCCACAUUAAUAGCAUCAACACGGCCCCUGGACAAAAGUCUUGUGUACUCCAAGGAAACCAGCACUCCCACUGUGGGCCACAGUCUGAAGGCUGGACCUGAAGCUGGGGAAAACCAGAAGCAGUUGAAAGAAAAUGCUGGCCUUCUAGUUCCGAAGUCAGCCAUAGUGGCAGUACCAUCCCUCCUGGCCCUUGUUUUCAUCCUCAUUGGCAUCCUCCUGUAUGUGCUAUGCAGGAAGAGGACGGCACAGUCAAGGCAGCACUGUUCAGAUUUGCAACUCCAAUAUGAACCAGUGGCACCAGAUCCCAAUGUCUGA